UUGAGCAUGUGAGCAUGCUGGUCAUUCUGCUAAACUGUGUGACUCUGGGCAUGUUCCAGCCAUGUGAGGACCUCAAGUGCCAGUCUGAGUGGUGUGUCAUCCUCCAGGCAUUUGAUGACUGCAUCUUCGCCUUCUUUGCUGUGGAGAUGGUAAUCAAAAUGAUAGCCCUGGGGAUUUUUGGAUCAAAGUGUUACCUUGGUGACACAUGGAACCGCCUGGACUUCUUCAUUGUCAUGGCAGGGAUGAUGGAGUAUUCACUGGACGGUCAUAACGCCAGCCUGUCAGCCAUCCGGACUGUGCGAGUGCUAAGGCCCCUGCGAGCCAUCAACAGAGUGCCCAGUAUGAGGAUACUGGUCACUCUGCUUCUAGAUACUCUGCCUAUGUUAGGCAACGUCCUCCUGCUGUGCUUUUUUGUCUUCUUUAUAUUUGGCAUUGUCGGGGUGCAGCUCUGGGCAGGACUUCUUAGGAAUCGCUGUUUUAUGGCAGAUGACGUGAAAGCCCUCUAUAAUCUGUCAUUCAUGAGUCCAUACUUCAUGCAUGAGGAUGGUGAGGACAACCCCUUCAUCUGCUCCACCAAUAAGGAGAACGGCAUGCUGCGUUGCCAUGAGGUGUCUCCUCUUAAAGAGGGUGAUGUGGAGUGCUCUUUAAAAGCACCUCCACAGGGACAUGCCUACUUUGGCCUGGAUGGACCCAGCAAGAACAGCUGUGUUAACUGGAAUCAGUAUUACACUGUGUGUCGGCCUGGGGAACUCAACCCCCAUAAAGGGGCAGUGAACUUUGAUAAUAUUGGAUAUGCCUGGAUUGCAAUAUUUCAGGUUAUCACUUUGGAAGGAUGGGUGGACAUCAUGUAUUACGUUAUGGAUGCCCACUCCUUUUACAAUUUUAUAUAUUUUAUAUUGCUUAUUAUAGUGGGUUCCUUCUUUAUGAUCAACCUGUGCCUGGUUGUAAUAGCCACCCAGUUUUCUGAAACAAAGCAGCGUGAAAACCAGCUGAUGCAGGAGCAGAGAGCACGCUACCUUUCCAACGACAGCACGCUCGCCAGCUACUCCGAGCCAGGAAGCUGCUACGAGGAGAUGCUCAGGUACAUCAGCCACCUGUGCCGCAAGGUGAAGCGUCGUGCUUCCCGCAUCUACCAUGGCUGGCAAAGCAAGCGCAGAAAGAAAGUGAACCCCAACAGUGGGCUGGGUGGAGGAGGAGGGGGUGGAGGUAGGUCUAAUGGUCACAGCAGGCACAGAGGUGGCAGCCACUGGGUCCACUCCUUCCACAAUCUCAUCCAACAGCACCAACGUCAGCAUUGUCACCUCAGCAAUGGCAGCCCCAGCCCUCUGGCUGCUACGGGAACUGGCGAGGCUCUAGAAAUGAGGUCAAUCACAACAGGACCACAGCUUACCAUGUCCUCUCAGCCAACCGCUGUGCAGAAUCUUUCUUCCAGGACUCAAUCAGUGCACAGUAUCUAUCAAGGGGAUUUUCAUGUGACCCCGCAAAUGCGAACGAACACUGCUGGUGAGCCCACACUUCCAAGAUUAAACGGGGGGGGCAUGAACUAUCCGACCAUCUUGCCCUCCUCAAUCUGCAGUUACACCACCAGCAACCCUGCGGGUAAAGGGAGGGGGGAGCCCAACACCAAUACAGGAUGUGAUGCGAUAGAUCCCUUCGAGAAGCUACAACAACUCCUGGGAGAGCACAGUCACAGUCAUGUACUACUGCAGAUGGCCGGUGUGGUGCCCAGUCCUCUGCUCUUUGAGCUCUUGAGCUGCCCGUUUUGUGUUAGGGCUCUGGAAACCAUGGACCUGGAGCUCAGUGAUUCAGACUAUUCCAGGUCAGAAGGGGAUCUGGUGUAUGAGUUCUCCCACGGAGCUGAGUUCAAACCCAGCCGCUCAUCCCAUCACAAAAUACUGGAGGAGCGUAACCGCUUGGCGCAGUACUGGCAUGACUUCCGGGACCGACUGAAUCGCAUUGUGGAUAGCAAAUACUUUAAUCGAGGAAUUAUGAUUGCCAUCCUCAUCAACACUUUAAGUAUGGGGAUUGAAUACCAUGAGCAGCCUGAGGAGCUGACAGACAUUCUGGAGAUCAGCAAUAUUGUCUUCACUAGCAUGUUUGUCCUAGAAAUGCUCUUCAAACUGCUGGCCUUUGGCAUCUUUGGCUACAUCAGGAAUCCAUACAAUAUCUUUGAUGGGAUUAUUGUAGUCAUAAGUGUGUGGGAAAUCAUAGGACAGGCAGAUGGAGGUCUUUCAGUGCUGAGAACGUUUCGACUUCUGCGUGUCCUCAAAUUGGUGCGCUUCCUCCCUGCACUUCGCAGACAGCUGGUGGUCCUCAUGAAGACUAUGGACAAUGUGGCGACAUUCUGCAUGCUGCUCAUGUUGUUCAUCUUCACUUUUAGCAUUCUUGGAAUGCACCUGUUUGGAUGCAAAUUCAGCCUAAAGAUGGAGAAUGGAGACACGAUUCCAGACAGGAAAAACUUUGACUCCCUGCUGUGGGCCAUUGUCACUGUGUUUCAGAUUCUGACUCAGGAGGACUGGAAUGUGGUUCUGUACAAUGGAAUGGCUUCCACCACGCCAUGGGCUGCUCUUUAUUUUGUGGCUCUGAUGACUUUUGGGAAUUACGUGCUCUUUAACCUGCUGGUGGCCAUCUUAGUGGAGGGGUUUCAGGCAGAGGGGGAUGCUAACAAGUCAGACGUGGAUGAGGAAAAGAGGUCGGUGAAGUUUGAAGAGGAGGAGAAGAUGGGGGAAUUACGAGCCACAGAGUUGAAUAUGUACUCUCUGAUGAUGUCAGCGAAUGGCCAUGUGGAUCCUCGAGGCACUUUGCCACCACCAGUCAUCAUGCGCACUGCCGCCACACCCAUGCCCACUCCGAAGAGCUCUCUUGGCCCAGAAUCAGUGUUUGGUUUGAAGUCAAGACGGGGCAGUGGGGUCUCAGUAGAUCCAAAUGUCUUUGAUCAGAAAUCCCUGACCAGCCCAAGAAGAUCUCCCUGCCAGCCCCGCGGCUCAGGCAGCAACUGGGGAAGCCGCAGGUCAAGUUGGAACAGCUUAGGGCGAGCACCGAGUUUGAAAAGGAAGGACACAUCUGGAGAGAGAGAGUCUCUGCUGUCUGGGGAGGGUAAGGGCAGCUUUGAGGAUGAAAACUCAGAGGGCAAGAAAAUGGGUAAUACCAGUGGGGGCUCAUUGCAGCACCCCUGCUCUCUAGAUAUUCCUGAGCUGCACCAGAGCCUCAGCUUGAGCCCGUUAGGAGAGUACCAUGACUGUAAUGGAAGAACCAUGCACCUGCCCACUGACCUUCCCACCACCCUUGGCAAAGAAGACUCCCUCGCAGAGGAAGAUUUGGAUGAUAGCUUCUGUUUGCGUCUGAAGAGAACACUGGAAGCGUAUAAACCUAAGUGGUGUAAAGAUCAUGAUGAUUGGUCACUUUAUCUGUUCUCUCCACAGAACAAGUUUCGGAUGGCAUGUCAAAGGUUCAUUUCUCACAAGAUGUUCGAUCAUGUGGUCUUGGUAUUCAUCUUCCUGAAUUGUAUCACCAUUGCUCUAGAGAGGCCCAAUAUUCAGCCAUCUGAGCGGGUGUUUCUCAGUAUCUCUAAUUAUGUUUUCACUGUGAUCUUUGUUGCUGAAAUGACUGUGAAGGUGGUGGCCCUUGGCUUCUGCUCUGGGAAGCACAGUUACCUACAGAGCACCUGGAAUGUUCUAGAUGGAGUUCUAGUCUUCGUCUCUCUCAUUGACAUUCUGGUCUCUAUGGCUUCCACGGGUGGGAACAGAAUCUUUGGCAUCCUGAGGGUUCUUCGCCUGCUGAGAACCCUGCGGCCUCUCAGAGUGAUUAGUCGUGCUCCUGGACUGAAGCUGGUGGUGGAAACACUAAUAACAUCUCUUAGGCCCAUUGGGAACAUUGUGCUGAUCUGCUGUGCCUUCUUUAUUGUCUUUGGCAUUCUUGGAGUUCAGCUCUUUAAAGGAAAGUUUUACCAUUGUGAAGGUCUCAACAUCAAAAACAUCACCAACAAGUCUGACUGUCUUCAAGCAAACUACAAAUGGAUUCGGAGAAAGUACAACUUUGACAAUUUGGGACAGGCUCUUAUGUCACUGUUCGUGCUGUCCUGUAAGGACGGAUGGGUGAAUAUAAUGUACGACGGGCUGGAUGCUGUGGGGGUGGACCAGCAGCCUGUGCGCAACCAUAACCCCUGGAUGCUCCUCUACUUUAUCUCUUUCCUCCUGAUCGUCAGCUUCUUUGUACUGAACAUGUUUGUGGGCGUGGUGGUGGAGAACUUCCACAAGUGUCGACAGGACCAGGAAGAAGAGGAGGCACGUAUGCGCGAGGAGAAGAGGCAGCGGCUCCUGGAGAAAAAGCGCAGGAGUAAGGCGAAUUGCGGGUCUGAGGCCCAGCAGAGACCGUACUAUGCAGACUACUCUCCAGCCCGCCUCUACAUCCACACACUGUGUACCAACCACUACCUGGACCUCUUCAUCACCUGCAUCAUCUGCAUCAAUGUGGUCACUAUGUCUAUCGAGCAUUACAAUCAGCCUUUGUACCUUGAAGAGGCACUGAAAUACUGUAACUAUGUCUUUACCAUCAUCUUCAUUAUUGAGGCUUUGCUCAAACUUGUGGCUUUUGGCUUUCGGAGAUUCUUCAAAGACAGAUGGAACCAGCUGGAUCUUGCCAUAGUUCUGCUCUCUAUCAUGGGCAUCACGCUGGAGGAGAUCAAGAUGAAUGCAGCAUUGCCAAUCAACCCCACCAUCAUCCGUAUUAUGAGAGUGUUGAGGAUAGCCAGAGUACUGAAGCUUUUGAAGAUGGCUACUGGCAUGAGAGCCCUGUUGGACACAGUAAUGCAAGCUUUACCGCAGGUGGGAAAUCUGGGCCUGCUGUUUAUGCUCCUCUUCUUCAUUUAUGCGGCACUUGGCGUGGAGCUUUUCGGGAAACUAGAAUGCAAUGACAACAACCCAUGUGAAGGAUUAAGUCGUCAUGCCACAUUUGAAAAUUUUGGCAUGGCCUUUCUAACAUUAUUCAGAGUGUCAACAGGGGACAACUGGAAUGGUAUAAUGAAGGACACUUUGCGAGAGUGCACUCCAGAGGAUAAACACUGCCUCAGCUACCUGCCCCUGGUCUCCCCCAUUUACUUUGUCACAUUUGUGUUGAUUGCUCAGUUUGUGCUUGUUAAUGUGGUUGUGGCUGUACUGAUGAAACACUUGGAGGAGAGCAAUAAGGAAGCUAAGGAAGAUGCAGAAAUGGAUGCUGAGAUUGAGAUGGAGAUGGAAAUGGCUCGGCGUCUCAGCAACGUCUCAGUAAUGAGCUCUACAGGGCCUGAAGGAAGGGCAACUUUUGUAGGACUACACCCAGAUUCACCUGAUGAGGAUGAGGGGAUGCACAGAACCCAGGAGAAUUUGCUCUCUCCGCGAAAAAUGUCAGUGUCAAGGAUGCACUCUUUGCCCAAUGACAGUUACAUGUUUCACGCUGUGAGGCUGGCCAGUGCUCCAUAUCCACUUGAAGAGGUGGAACCCAGUCAAGGAUACCUUGAAUUAGGCUCCAUCACCUCGGUUAAUUCCCAGCUAUGUGAGGGCCAUUCCCUGCCCCAGGUCCCUGGUGUUCCUCCCCAUUCCCAGUUCAACAGCUGCCUCCCCAGAAUUCCCCCUCCCAAGCCCUCUCCGACCCACAGUAUAGGAAGGACUCUACACAGACAGGAGGCAGUACAAAAUGACUCAAUUGAUGUGCAAAGUUUCGACUCCAAAGACAAUCUUGACAGAGAGGCAGGGAUAACUACAGGCAGCUUGAUGCUGCCUGUUCCACGGAUCUACGGUCCCAUCAGCCCCCAGGUGUCACCCUUGCCACCCCCACGUGGACCGAGCGUCCGCACCUUCCAGCACCCCCACAGCCAGCACAAUAUCUCCUCUCGACCUUGCAGUCAGGCCAGCAGCAGCAGAAGCACCAGCCCCAGUGGCUCUAUGUUUGACUCAGCUGAUCCGACGGAUGAGGAGGUCCGCCACAUCAACAGCACAGCACAGCUGUGGGCAGGGGUCCAGCCAGAAGCCCGGAGUCACUCACUGUCUCCUUAUGCCACCUCAGGGAUGCUGCUUCCAAUCCCAGUGAAGAACUGCAGCAGUGCUGCCAACUUAGGCGAGUUCAAAGAUAAAGACACGAAGAAGUGCUUCAGUGUGGACACUGAGGGUUUUCUGGAAAAACCCUUCAGUACCGAUGAUCAUCGUAGACACUCGAUUGAGAUUUGCCCCUCAGUAGAUGAUGAGAUAUUUGGUCAAGAACUCGGUGAAAAGGAGUAUCCUCCAACACGUGGAAAGUCCUUGCACAUUCCCAGGAAGAAAAAGAUGAGCCCUCCUUGCAUCUCCAUAGAGCCCCCGUUUGAAACGGAGGCUCCUGGGUCUAUUGGAUCCAUGAAAAAGCUGUCAGAGAGCAGCAUGCUACUGCGGAGGAGGACACCGUCCUUUGACCUGACCCUGCAACGGGACUCUCUGGGUUUGCCGGAGAGCCAGCUGUCCACCCAGCCGCUCAUCAAAGUAGAGCGGCAUCCCUCUCACUGUGCCGAGUAUUUGUCCCUGCCGCACCCCACUCCCAUGGGCGGUCUGGCAGGCAUUCUGUGCGAGAGCACACAGCUGCCCCCCUUUGAUAGCAGAUUUGAAGAAUCCACAGACUUCAGCUCAGUAAACAGGACAGCCCAAUAAGAGACAUCAAAGGAGAAACGUGGGUGGCUUUAUCCAAAUUUUACCAUCUGCACUCAAGGGUGUGGCAACUAGUUGAAUGGGGGACAUCAACCUCUUUCUGUAGCCAAAGUUUAUUUCUUUGUUUCUUUUUCAAUCGUAAUAACAUCAUGAAAGCCAGUCAGGAAUGACAACCGAUCCUAGCUGGGACAGCUUUUGAUUCGACUGUGAUCGGGCAAGGUGUUGAACAUGGGAUAUGCAAUUUCAGGUUUCCAAAUGGAACUCUGGUUCUUAAUUUAGUCCCAGUGCUCAAUCACAUUGAUUUGAGUUCAGGAUGUGUAGUGUUGCAGUAUGUAUCUUCUGUAUGAUAUUUGUCAGUCCUUCUUCUCUUUGUCAUGAGCAUUGCUAAUGUUUUCUGUACAGAUAGAGUAUACAGAUUAAAACAACUAAUAAGAACUGUACAUGUUAUGUACUUUAUUAACUCAUGGUGUGUAAAAGAGAACAUAUUGUAUUAGUGAAGAAAUAAGCACUAUUCAUAUGCACAUAUUUUUUAUAGAAAUCUAUACUGUUUUUGCACAUAUCAGUUUGAACUUCAAGUUGAAUUGUCCUCUGUUGUCUUCUUGUGAAUGUAAUUUUUUUUAAUCAAAUAGCUGUGGGAUCAAUUAUAGUCUGUUAAGGCCUACUUAUAUUGAGAGGAUUUUUAUUUUUCUAUUGGGAGGUGGGGUGUGUCAUGUAUAGAUCCAAUGAAAACCAAAUUUUAAAUGAUCUGUAGCCUGAGUGCAAUACACUAUAAAUGUUUCUGUAAGUUUACCCAGUUAGGUUAAUAACUUUUUAACCCUUGUGCAACCCUCGGGACAUUUAUAUCUUUUUCACUUCUGUUUUUUUGAUCAUUUUGUUGGUGUUAAUGCCAACGGCAUAAAUUUUGCCAAAGGUGUGUACUUUUUGGGGAAUUUUAAUAUUUCAACCUCAGUUCCUAUAAUACAUCUAUAAUACACUGUGUACACAAAAUAGUUACACUCAGGACCUUAAGGACAAAAAUGUCCCCAUUGAAACCCAUUAAAACUGCAAUAUUUGAUCCCAGUGCCAUUAAAGCAUAAAAUCAUGAAUUCUAUGAUAUUAUGCUUUCAUUCUGGAGCCCUGGCUUCAAAAUGUAAAUUUUUAAUAUUUUUCACCAGAUGGCGCCAUUUUUCUCAUGUUUUGCCUAUGGAGCAAAUACAUGCUUUUUUUCCCUAUUUUCUGUUUGCUGUAUUAUAGAGCACUGCAGGCCAAUUGAAUAAAUGAUGCAGCUAAAAUUGUGUAGGUGUGUUGGUAUGGUUGUCAGAGUGUGUGUUUUUUUUUUAUGUGUGUAUUGAGGAGUGUGUGUGUGUGUGUGUGUGUGUGAAAAACAACAGUGGCAUUGUGUAAACAAACUGGCAUUUAAAGGGUUAAAAUACUGAAAAUGAAUGAAUAUUUGAGUAAUGAUCAGGACUGAUGUUGGUUAAAAAGUCAGUGAAAGCUGAAAAUAAUAUUAAUAUAUAAUAUUUUUAUGGCAGUUUUUGACGCAGAAAUUUUUGUCCUCUAAGGACCUCUGAGUAACUUUUUUUUAUUGACACACAAGGGUUAACUCAAACAUAGCCAGUAACAUGAAUCUCACACAUACACAACCCUUUACCAUGCUCAGGUUCAUCUCAAAAUGUAUAUUAAGAUUUCCACUACACUCUACAUUAUAUUCUAAUUUAACAGCAACAUAACCUUUUUUAACUUUUUUGUGGCCCUUGGCUUUUGCACAAGUUGCAUGUGAAGGACAGAGUAAUUCAAAUGUAAAUGUGACCUUGUUCUGUUUCUCCCGUUGUUCAAACUUUAUAACUGUCAUAGGAGAAGAAGAAGGGAGUUCAUAUCAGCACAUAUCUGAUCUCCUUUUUAAUCUAUUCAGCUUUGAAAUGGUACCUCUGGGUUUGUGCCCUCAGAAAAGAGUGAGGUGCAGUGCUCGAAGUUUACUGCACUUCUAUAAUUUACUCUACAGAGUACCAGCAGUUUUUCUUGUGUACCACCACUUCUCAGAGUCUCCCGGUACGAUGUAAUAUCUUUAUUUAAUGUAAGUCAGUGAUUUGAUGCGGCCCGCCAAUCACUUUUAUCUGACCUUCCAAAUGAUUUUGAUAAAAUUGCGGUAAACACGUUUUUACUAUGGUGGGUCACCACUUGAUUUCCAAUGUAAAAUCUGGGUCCUGAAGCAAAACCAGUUAGAACGCUCUCUACACAAAACUCAGCGGUGAGUUUAACAACACUCAACAUGUGCAACAGCAUCGGUGCUCAUCAAGCGAUCCGUGGUCCAGUUCCAGAGGAGCGUGCAUGUUUAAGCUUGUCUGGGCAUAGUUCAGUUUCACUCUUCUCCAAAACAUGAACCAGCAACUUUUGGGUGAGCACACUUUAUCACGUCUUAUUCACUCAAAUAUAUUUAUGCAAAUUGCUUAGCUGCUGGGUGCAGUCAAAACUACAGACUUUAAAAAAAGCUGUUACAGAAGUGAUGUCAGCUCAUAUGCACAACCUUGAUGAAAACUGAACCUUCAUAGAAAAUAUACAGGAAAAUGUGCUUUUAUUCUCAGUUCUUUUCUGUAGUGCUCAUAAAAAGAUUAUGUGAAGUGUCACUGAACUUGCCUAUGCAUAUAUCCUGACAGUGUUUGGUUCUACAUCGUUCUCAAUCCUGAACAUCAUCAAAUCAGUUUGUUCACCAUUUCUAAUGAUUAUUAUCUGCACAAGUAUCUGGCUCCUGUGUGCAAAUUAAUGUGUGCAGGAUAAGGAAGGCAAAUUGUGCCCUCAUUGAAUGGGAGGAUAAUAAUAAAAAAAAAAAAAAAAAAAAAAAAAAAAAAAAAAAAGGAAAACAGACAUAAUGCUCUUUUUCAGUUUUAGGCUACAUUUAUUUUGUGUAAAAAGACAGUUCUAUAUUAGAUUGCCAUUGUUCUCUUAUGUGUGUUGAUAUUGACAAAGACACAGACUUUAGCAGAUCUAAAUAUUCUUUCUCAAAUUACAGAGACAAUAACCCUUUGUAUGUUUUUUAUUUUCAGAGUAAAGCUAAUCAAAACCUAUUUGAUAGUUGAGGAUGUAAGGCCAUAUUUGUUUUUCCACAAGAUCUUAUGAAGGAAUUUACGGCCAGACCUUGAAAAUCUUAUUUAAAUACCUCUUUCAACGUAAUUAAAUACUAUUUUCACGUAAAUAAACACAUUAUUAAUCAUUUGUUUUUACAUGUUAACAUGUUAGUUACAAUAAAAGUGAGGGGAAAACAUCAUGUUUAAUACUAACAAGGAGAGUACCUGCACUUUUUUGUUCCGCUUCAAGCACUGGUGAGGUGUUUAGUGAAAGAAAUACAAAGGAACCUUUUGGUUCUUGAAUUUUUAAGAGGUAUCCAUGUUAUUUAUGUAUAGUUAAACAAAGCCACUGUUUUGGCAAAUCACAGGUAAAAUCCUCUUAAUUAAAGUGAUAUUUCUCACACAACUGCAUAUCUAAUGUCAUCAAUGUAUCACAACAUUUCAGAUUAAAUAAUAGUUGAUGCAGCCUAUGUGCUGUGGUAAAUUACUAUUUUCCUCAAUUUCUGAAUUUCCUCAAAAGAUGGAGAGUGAAAUCUGUUGCAUGUUCUGGAGAGGUUUUAGAAAUACAACAUCUGGAUGUUUUUUGAUGUUUCAAUUUUCAUUUAUUUUCCAUUUGAAGACUUAUCUAAUUGUACUGGGAUGUAAUUACAAGGUAUUCCUCUUUGUAGAACUGAGUAAAAUCACUUAUUAUUGUGUUAUGCAAUAUUUUAUGGUAGUCUACACUGAGUGCAAGCGAUUUAGGUGUAAGCAAAAGUUAUGGAUGAUAAAAGUAUGUACUCUGACAACAUAAUCUGAUAUCAAUUUAAUAUUGAACUUUGAAGCUAAUGUGUGCAUUGUUUCAUUUCCUAAGGAACCACAGCCACAGUUUUGCAAAAUGACUGUUGAUUGAGUUUUUUUUUUAAAUUGCUGUUGAAUAAACGAUAUGAACUGGACAGAGUAGUAUCUAAAUGCUAAAAGCUUUCAGCAUGUUGAAAUUAUUAGCUGUUUAUAUAUAUAUAUAUAUAUAUAUAUAUAUAUAUAUAUAUAUAUAUAUAUAUAUAUAUGAGCUUUUGCCAUCUAGCAGCCUAAUGUCCUUAACCCUUCAAUAAAUAAUCAAAGCGUUUUCCUCAAGCUUUUAUGAUGACAGUCAUUUCCCACUACUAAAACGUAUUCAUUUUAAGCAAACUGUCUGCAAUAAGUUUGAUUUUUUUGGUUUUCAUAAGACUUGGUUGAUAAAGCAGAAGUGUUUGAAAAGCUAUACAAUUGUAUUGUAUGUUUUAUUCUGUAAUGAUCACAAGUGAUCUGAGGGAUAUUCUCUGUCAUAUACAGAUAAAAAAAAUU